UUUACUUCCAAAUGCUGAGCACAGAUGGUGUGCUAGGCAUAUAUGGGCUAACUGGAAGAAGGAAUGGAGGGGUGAGAAAAGAAGAAGAAAAUUCUGGGAGGUAGCAAGGGCAUCACUUGAAGUUCUUUUAAAUAAAAAACUUGUUGUUGUUUCAAUACAACAAGGAGACAUGGUGUAGGGCAUACUUUAAAGAACACAUCAAAUGUGACAUAGUUAAGAACAACAUGUGUGAGACAUUCAACAGCUAGAUUUUGAUGACUAGGUUUAAAUCAAUCAUAACUAUGCUAGAAGAAAUCAGAAUCAAAGUUGUGGAGAGGAUGAACCAAAUGAGAGAAUUUUCUGAAAAAUGGGUAGGUGAUGUAUCACAUUGGCUAUAAAAACUCUUCAAGAGAAUGCUGAAUUUACAGCUGAUUGUGAGUUUCAUUUUAAUGGUGAUAUUGGGUUUGAGGUUAAAGAUAUACCAUAUAAACAUGUUGUUACUCUCAAGAAGAAGGUGUGUAGUUGUAGGUCAUGGCAACUGAAAGGAAUUCCCUGUGCACAUGCCAUUAAUGCAAUUCAAUACAAGAGCUUGUAGGUUGAGUCAUUUAUUGAGCACUGGUAUAAAAAAGAGACAUAUUUGAAGGCCUACAACAAAUUCAUUCAACCUAUGACAAAUAUGCAGAUGUGGCCAAAGAGCACAAGACCACCCAUUGAGCCACAUGAAAUUACUCAAAUGCCGGGAAGGCCAAAGAAAAAGAGGAAUAGGGAUACUGAUGAACCAAAGAAAAUAUUUGGGAAGGCUGCAAGGAAGGGCAGGAAAAUGACAUGUUCAAUAUGCAACACUAUGGGACAUAACAAGAAACGAUGUCCAAUUGCUGUAAGUGUUAUUCUAUUUCAUGAUUUUGUCAUUUAAAAUUCAUUAUUAAUGCUUGAAUUUUAAUAUUGUGUAUGCAGAAAAGUGGUGGUGCUUCAUCAACUGUUGCUGCUGGUGCAACCAACGCAGCAAUAACUUUUGGUCCUAGUGCAACCAAUGCAGUAGCAACUGCUUGUCCUAGUGCAACUAAUGCAGCAACAACUGGUACAACUGCUGCAACUUUGGGUGCUUCAUCAACUGUUGGUACUGGUGCAAGAGGUGGUGGAAGAGAUGGUGCAAGUGGUGCCACAACAAGUGCUGCAGUAACUUUAGCAAUAGCUGGUGUAACAACUGCUGCAACAAGUUCUCAACCAACUCAAUCAAGCACCCAACAAUCAACUAUUACUGCAGGUCUAAAGAAGAAGACUUAUUCAGUUAAAAGUGGUAGGGCAAAUCGUGGGUAGAAGAAACCACCACCAACUAAGUAUAAGAGGCCAAGGCCAGUUGGUUAUGAUUUGCUAUUUGGAGAAGGUGGCAAUGUGAUUGAGAGGUCUAGAACAACUGAUAGAGUGAUGCAUAGUGAUGGAUUGAUUAGUUCAGUACCCACUAACAUUGAUCUUGGUUACAAACCACAUAGACUAAGGUGGAAUGGUGGCGCUGUAGUUACACAAAAGCAAUUACAAGAACAAAGUUACAAAAGAGCACACUCUUCUACAAGCACUCAACCUACAACAAGCACUCAAACCACACCAGGUAACAAUUAAUAGUGUUUGAAAGUAGAUGUUAGACUUGUUAUUUUGGGAGCCAACUAUUUUGUUUAUUAACAUUGCCAGACAAUAUUUAUUUUUGUGCAUGGAUUUGUGGGAUGAUAUCAUACAGUCGUAAUGCUUAACAUAGUUGUAAUGCUUAAUUUCAAGGUUUAUGUUUCAAACU